AGAGAGCAAAGACGGAGAGAAGAAAUGAAGAGAAGACAGUAAGAAAGCAAGAGACAUCAGUGAUGGGUUAUGGAGAGAAGUGGUUAAAGAGAGAUUGAGAGAAAGAGAGAGAGAGAAAGUAGGUGAAUAAGAGAACCAGAAGACUAUUGAGAACAUUAGAGCUACUCAGUAAAGAGAGAAGGGUGAGAAGAGAGAGAGAGAGGGGGAGAGAGAGAGAUCUUGGGCAGAGAGUGAAAGGAAAGGAACGAGCAGACACCACUCUUAACGGCUACUGAAACACAAACACGGAAUACAACUCAAGUCCAUCCACAGAGCGCCUGCCUGUGGCCAUCCUCGCGGCUGGCUAUGCCAUGCUGGCCGAGCGCGCCGGCGGUGGUGGACGGCUGUCGGCCGGCGGCGACGGUGGCGAUGUGGAGCGCGUGGUCAUGGUGACCGCAUCCUCGGAGGACGUUGAAGGAGGCGGAGGAUGCUCGCCCUCGCUGGGCGACUGCCCCUGGGCGCGGCUGGCCGGCGUGGACGGCUGCCUGUCGGAGACCUACUGCCUGUGGUUCCAGCUGCUGGCGCGGGCCUACUGGGGCGAGCUGGAGCUGGGGCUACGCGGGCCCAGCCGCAAGGCCUCCUGGAGCCGCCUCAGGGAGGCGUCCCGCAGGAACUGCGUCCGCUCCAGGGCCAAGCAGAAGGGUGGAGUGGACGCCAGCGACGCCUCGGGCUGCGUGUCUCCGGUGGCGGGCGAGGACGAGCCUUUCUCCUGGCCUGGGCCCAAGACGCUCCGACUGCGACGCACCUCGCAGGGCUUCGGCUUCACGCUGCGUCACUUCAUCGUCUACCCGCCCGAGUCCGCCGUGCAGUCCUCACUCAAGGAGGAAGACAAUGGCAGCAGAGGGAGACCACGAAACAGGCUGGAGCCAAUGGACACCAUCUUCGUCAAGCAGGUGAAGGAGGGAGGGCCCGCCCAUGGAGCUGGACUCUGCACAGGGGACCGGAUAGUAAAAGUUAAUGGGGAAAGCAUAAUUGGAAAGACCUACUCCCAGGUGAUCGCUCUGAUACAGAACAGUGAUACUUCCCUGGAACUCUGUGUAAUGCCAAAAGAUGAAGACAUCCUCCAACUGUUCUCCAGGGACAUCACGGCUCUGGCAUAUUCUCAGGAUGCGUAUCUCAAAGGGAACGAGGCAUAUAGUGGCAAUGCCCAGAACAUCCCUGAGCCGCCCCCUAUCUGCUACCCUCGAAUAGAGUCCAAGGCAUCGGCAGGUAUGGCGCAAACAACAGAGCAUCCGGCACCUACCACGGCACCUUCCACACCCCUACGGACAGCAGCAGCCCCUGGGUCCCCCACUGUGGCCCCCGAGUUGGGCUACCGGCGGGAGAUCACCGUGCCGCCCUCCCCUCCCCUCCCCAUGCCGGUCCCCAAGAACCAGACGGUGGUGUGUGUGUGCAACGAGAGCGUGCGGACCGUGGUGGUCCCCCCGACGGACACCCUGGCCCCUUCCUCGUCCUCCGUCUCAGGGGAGCGGGGGCCCAGCCAUCGGACCGAGGAGAACCGGCACACGUCGCCCGGCUCUCCCACAGCGGGACCGCAACUGCAGUGCACCCCGUCUCGGCCCACGGAAACGUCCAGACACCCAGGGCCCCUUGUCAGAGCAGGAUCCCAGCAGGAUGCCUCCCCGUUGGCCACCUCCCCCAACCACUACAGCCCGUCUCCACCCGCUGCCACCACCUCUCCCGGCUCCCCCCACCAGAAUAUUGACUGGCGGAACUACACCACCUACAAGGAGUACAUCGACAACAAGCGCCUCUACAUGUACGGCAACCGCACCAUCCAGGAGCGAUUGGACAGCCUCCGAGCGGCCGCUGCCGCCGUCUCCCGCGGCAACGGCGUCUCCCAGCAACAGAGCCCGCCUGCGAUUGCCACUAAUGCGGCGAGCCCGCUGGGACUGCGUUCGGCCAGCGUCGGCCUGGGCUCGCAGGUCAGGAGGAGGAGCACAUCGCACGACCGGGCGUACGCGUCGUCCAACGCGGUCACCCCGCUGCGCAGCGUCUCUCAGGAGCGUCUCCUGGGGCCCCUGGGCGAGCGGGGCCUGUACCGCGACUGGCCCCGGAGCGCGUCGCAGGACGCCCUGCCCUCGUCCACGUCCGCUGGGGGUGCGGCCAAGCCGCGCGCUCGCUCCUGCGACUACCUGGGCCGGCAGGGUGGUGGCGAGGGGCUGGCCACCCGGCUGGUGGAGAUGGAAGAGCAGCGGCACCUGGUGAUGCGCGGCGACGAGGCGCGGAUCAGUCGACUCUGUGGCGGCUCGGGCAGAGCGGGCUCACAGCCCCUGAGGAACACAGGGGGCAGCGCGGGUGCAGGUUUCGCAGAUCUCUCCAUGGCCCCCAGAGCAGAGAGCCUGGGCUCCAGUCUUGCCGGCCCCAGUAGGAGCAGCGGCCGGACCUCACGACUGGCCGUGAAGGCCGCCAGCCUGGAUGCCUCAGCCUCCUCCGCCGCCUCCUAUGUGACUUCGGCACUGGCCUCGGUCCAGAGUCACAUCAGCGCCACCUCCCAGGACUCCAUCAAAGACCAAAGACCCGUCACCGUGGGCAACCACCUGCCCCACACGCCGAUCCCCCCGCACAUGCAGCCCCGGGAGCGGUCCGAGAGCCUCAAUGAGCCCGGGAGCCGGGAGACGGGCUCUGCGGCGAGAUCCGCCUCUUGCUCUGGUCCGUCCAAAAGCCCCGCCUUAAGAACACUCGCAAACGCCACUACGGCGACCAGUAACGGCACGGUAACACCGCAGCUCAGAUCCCCGCUGUGCCGGACCGAGAGCCUGGACCACGGCAGCGGCAAACCAGGCGAGACCGGCGCGGUGGAAGGUGCGGACGCCAAGGUGGUGGUGGUGAUGCGGCGCGAGAAGUCGGGCCCCCAGCCCAUUCGGCACCCCUCCUACAUCCUGGCGGUGAACGACGUGGAAGUCGGACCCAAGAGCCCUGGAGCCGUAUCUGAUGGUGGGGGAGUCUGCUGGCUGCCCAACGACGCCCGCAGGGAGGUGCACAUGCGCAGACUCGAGGAGCAUCACAAGGCCUCCGUCUCAAGCAACCUGGGCGACUCACUGGACUCCAUCCCCUUCAUUGAUGAGCCGUCCAGUCCCAGUAUGGACCAUGAGGGCACUCGAAUCCUGGCCUCAGCUGUCAUCUCUGUCACCCCGGUAACCCCCAUCAUUACCACCAUCCCUCCCAGCCCCACCUUGCCCUCGCCCCCGAUUCGCCGCCAGCUGUCACAUGACCAAGACUCCCUGCGUCUGACCAUCCUCAGCUCUGACUCCGCCACCAAAACUGAGCGCUCCAAGUCCUGCGACGAGGGCCUGGACAACUACCGGGAAGAAGGGAGAGGAAGGGGUCUGAAGAGCCUUGUAGGUCUGAGAGGGUUAAAGAAGGCGGUGGAUAAGUCCUCAGAAGACUCGGGCUCCUCCAGAAGAGACUCAUCCUCCGAUGUCUUCAGUGACGCCACCAAAGAGGGGCUGCUCUACUUCCGCCAGCUCAACUCAGACAAGAGCAAGCGCAUGGGUGGUGGUAUGCGUCCAUGGAAACAGAUGUACGCGGUGCUCCGAGGCCCCUCCCUCUGCCUAUAUAAGGACAAGAGGGAAGGCCAGGCCCAUGCCAGUCACCAGACAGAUGACGAGCCCUUGCCAAUCAGCAUCAAGGCCUGCCUGAUUGACAUCUCCUACAGUGAAACCAAGCGCAAGAACGUGCUGCGGCUGACCACAUCGGACUGCGAGUACCUGUUCCAAGCGGAGGACCGCGAGGACAUGCUGGCCUGGAUAAGGGUCAUCCAGGAGAACAGCAACCUGGACGAGGAGAACGCUGCGGUCACCAGCACAGACCUCAUCAACCGCAAAAUAAAGGAGUACAACAGCCUGAUGAGCCCUCCCCCUAGUAAGUCAGAGCCGUCUCCUAAGACUUCACGCCAGUCUCUGAGCAUUAGACAUACGCUGCGGGGGGGUAAGGGAGACGGCAAAGCCCAGAGCCCCCACUCCCCCAAACAUGAGCACAAAGUUGGGGAUGAGAUGAGCCCACCCAAAGAUAAAGGCACGUGGAAGGGGAUCCCGGGUCUGAUGAGGAGGCCCUUUGAGAAGAAGCCUCCAGCAGGGGUGACGUUUGGGGUGCGCCUGGACGACUGCCCUCCCGCCCAAAACAACAGGUUUGUACCCCUAAUAGUGGAAGUGUGCUGUAAGCUGGUGGAGGAGCGAGGGCUGGAGUACACAGGCAUCUACCGGGUGCCUGGCAACAACGCAGCCAUCUCCAACAUGCAGGAAGAGCUCAACAACAAGGGCAUGGGCGACAUCGACGUCCAGGAUGACAAAUGGAGAGAUCUGAACGUGAUCAGCAGUUUACUCAAGUCAUUCUUCCGGAAACUUCCUGAGCCUCUUUUUACAAAUGAAAGGUAUGCUGACUUCAUUGAUGCCAAUCGAAUAGAGGACCCAACGGAGAGGCUAAAGGUCCUGAAGAGACUGCUGCACGAGCUGCCAGAUCACCACUAUGAGACCCUCAAGUUCCUCUCUGCUCACCUCAAGACCGUGGCAGACAACUCAGAGAAGAACAAGAUGGAGCCCCGUAACCUGGCCAUCGUAUUCGGCCCGACUCUGGUUCGCACGUCAGACGACAACAUGACGCACAUGGUCACGCACAUGCCAGACCAUUACAAGAUCGUGGAGACCCUCAUCCAAAACUACGACUGGUUCUUUACUGAUGACAGCUCGGAGGAACCUGUGACAACGGUACAGCAGGAGAAUGCCGUGGAGUCCCAGCCCGUGCCCAACAUCAACCACCUGCUGACCAACAUCGGCAGGACGGGCCCCUCUCCUGGGGACGUCUCAGAUUCACCCACUAGUGACUCAACUAAAUCCAAGCAGAACUCCUGGGCUUACGGGAAGGAUCAGUACAGCCGCGAGCUGCUGGUCUCCUCAAUCUUUGCUGCAGCCAGCCGCAAACGAAAGAAGCACAAGGAGAAGCAGCAGCCUAGUAGCUCCGACGAGGACCUGGACUCGGUCUUCACUCUCCAGGACCCCGCGGUGUCUGAGGAAGGUUCCCCGGCCCCCCAAGCCAAGAGCCCUCUGGUUGGGGGAUUGGAGAAGAGGGAGAACGGGAAAGCCACGGAGGCUGUCUCCACUACCACACCCAAGAGCCGCAAAGAGCACCGCAACUCGUUCUUCCUGCGGGAGAAGCGGGUGAUCUCGACCUCGGCUCCCCCCUCCCAGGCCUCGUCGUGCCCCUCGCCGUCGCCGUCGCCCUCCCCGAUCCUCCGCACCCCAGCGGUCGCUCUCCCCAAGUCCUCGCUGUCGGACGGCCCGUCCUCGUCGCAGCUGGACGAGCCCACGUCCGACCUGGGCACCAUGAGCUCGGGGGCUUCGGUGCCUCGCGGACGGACCCGCCGCUGGCUCUCGACCUCGGCAGGGGGGCUGGAGCCCUCCCUCCUCGGCGUUGGAGGACCCCCCGGGGCAGCAGCCGGUGCAGAGGUCAGCUCCAUCACCUCCGACUACUCGACCACCUCCUCCAACACCUUCCUGACGGCCGGCGAGUCCAGCCUGCUGAGCCCUGAGGUGGGCUCGGUGAGCGGCAGCCGCGGUGGAGAGGAGGCCGAUGACGAGCGCAGUGAGCUCAUCAGCGAGGGCCGGCCCGCCGAGACGGACAGUGACAGCGACUUUCCCGUCUUCCCCAACGCCGGACCGAAGCCACUGGCAACGGCAGCAGCAUCCGUGUUCUCCCCUACACCUGAGGUCAGCUCUCAGCAGCCCGCCCAAUCGACUGCCGGCGGUCCCAAUGCCACCCCCACCGGCCGCCCUUCCCUGCCCUCCCAUAGGCUGAUUGAGUGUGACACCCUCUCCAGAAGGCGGUCCCUGCGGCAGAAGACAGACAGUGAUUCGUCUGUGGAUGGACUGGGCGUCAGCAACAGUGGAGGGGCUGGAGCAGGUAGCAGCUUAGCAGGAAGAGGAACCAAGUCCUCAUCGUUGACGUCGUCGUCAGGGAAACGGCUGUCUCGCAUGCUGGAGGUGAUGAAGAAGGGCCGCUCCACCGGCAGCUUGAGCUCCUCGUCCCGCAGUGAGUCCGAGCGCAACACCACUGCCGCGACCACCACCACCAACGCGGCGACCAACAACACCCCCUCUUCCUCCUCGUCUUCCUCCUCAGCCAAUCCUGGUGCCUCCGAGUCGGCCUGGCGAAUUCGCUUCACUGAGCGCUUCAGGCUCCGGCUGCGCGGCUCGGCCGAUGACGUCCUGGGAGCCGCCUCUUCCUCCUCCUCCUCUUCAUCGCAACAGCAGCAGCAGCAGCGGAGCCGCUCCCCGGACCCACCGCGGCGCUCCGGCCGCCUCCGCAGCCGCGGCCUCCGCCGGCGCCACACCAUGGGCGGCCAGCGUGACUUCGCCCAGCUGCAGGCCAUGCACGACUGGAGCGAGCAGGGCGGCGUGGCGCGCGGCGCCGAGCUGACCGCCAUCGACCGCCUGCAGCCCAAGUGCAGCUCGCAGGACUUCUCCAUUCAGGACUGGAUCACCCGUGAGAGGGACGGUCGCGGCGGCGACGGCCCCGCUGACCCCCAGACGAACCCCCUCGACCCCGCCACCACCCAACAGGAACCGGGAGAGCAGGUGAACGGCGGAGGACCACAAGCCAAGAACAAAGCAGGGCUGUGUGUAGGAGGUGACGCCCAUCCGCACAAACUCUCUGGAGCGCAGGUGGUGCGCUCACGCUUCUACCAGUAUCUGUGACAUGGGCGUACAUGUGUGUGUAUGUUAAUGCAUCUGUAUGUAUGUAUGUAUGUAUAUGUGUGUACCAUAGUAUGUUUGAGAAUGAGUAAAAACCAUGUACAGUUACGUAUGUAGAUAAGCUAAAGUUACUGCACAAUAGAUUUUUUUUAUAAAAUAUAUAUGACUAUAUAAAUAUUAUAUAAAACUGUAUAUACAUCUAUAUGUGUAUAGGAUUAUGAGGAAAGCAACUGGAUUAUUGUGUUUUGUGCAUCCUUGCCUGGAAUGGUCUCAUCCUGGAACUGACAUGAAAUGAGGACCUCUCCCUCUCUCUUUCACACCAACCCCAGUAAUAUGGAAAGCCAGCAUUGGUGUGUUUGUCGCAUGUGUACGUCUGUGUGUGUGUGUUUGUUUGUGUGGAGAAGGUACACUUGACUGGGAGAGAAUACACACACACACACAAGCACAGCACAUCAAAGCAAUGGACUGACGAGAGCUGAAGUGAUUGAGCAUGAGAUUAUUACUGAAGAUUUUUUUUUUUACUUUUAAAAAAGAAAAGCUGUUAUUCUUUCAGAGAGAGGCCUCUUUUCUCUUACGAAACAAUGCUCAGAUUCUUCCUAAGGUUACGUUGAAGAAUGUAUGCGCUUUCUGGGUAUGCUGACUAACGCAUCGUUGCUUGUUACAAAUUGUCAUGUAAACAAAAGCAAAAAUGUAAAUAUCUUUCAGUGUACUUGAAUUGUGUGUUUUUUGUUUUGUUUGUUUUUUUGUUUUAUAAAGAUGUCCUGGUCGAGGGAUGUAUUCUGAGCUGAGCGCUGUAGGAAGGUCCUUUUAUUAUUAUUUUUUUACAGCGCACAAAACAGCCAGAUGCCAAGUUGGAUCCCGCCAGAAGGAAAGUGACAUUAUUUUCAACACAUCUGCACAACCUUGUGCUUAGAACGACAAACGGUAAACGGUACCUAACUUUCUGCACACAUCCCUCUUGGGAGAAUAGUGUGAGACAAGGGUCUUGUCAUGAUGACAAGAAAUGGUGAUUUGUCACGCUAAAAUGGAAUAGAAGACAAAGGAAAAAGUGCCUCUUUGACUGGAUUCUUGGGACUGUUUGGGUGCCAUGUUAUGAUUUUUUUUUAAGUAUAUAUUUUUUAUUUUUUUCCUCCUUUGCUCUUUUUUAUUUUAGAAGAUGUAUUGUGACUAAAUUUUAUUGAGAAACUCAUUAAAAUAAUGUUACAGAUUUCAAACAAA